AGGAGCCGCCGUCACGAGUCUCCGCGUCCCUCCACGGCCGCGCGUGACCCUCCAGUUGCGCAGGUCACGUCCAGAUGUUGCGUGUCGCUCUGAACCAAUCAGCUGCGGCCGGGGGGGCGGGUCAGAGCGGGGGCUGAGGAUGAGGAUGGAGCACGGCCCACGCGCGCAGGGACUCUCAUCCUAGAGGAGGAAGAGGAGGCGCGCUCCUGUGCACGCGGAUCAGACCUGUCUGCGCUGAUCGGUUCGGUUCCGGUUCGGAUUCGCUGCUUCCUAUCCGCAGCAACAACAUAGUGCGCGCGCCCAGCAGCGCACCUUUGUCAGCAGGUGAUGGAGGCGGCGCGCGCGGCCACGGAGCCUGAACGGAGACGGUGAGGAGAGGUGGACCGGACCGAACCGGGUCGGACGGACCUGAAGAUCCGGGCCCGGUUUGUCAAGCAGUUUUAAUUCCGCUGGUUCUGGACAGCAGAACCUCCUCGGAACCCCCGGUUCUGAAAGGAAAACCGGCUCAUCUCAGGACAGUUCGGACCGGGACCAGGCACGGGUGGCGCCGCGCCGUCAGCAUGAGGCGGAGCGGGGAGCCGGCCUUCAUCAGCCAGAGCGCGGCCGGACGGCAGCAGGAGUGGAUCAGAACCUCAGAUCGGAUCGUUGUGGAUCAGCGGCUGUCAUGUUAGCGCCCCGGCCCGGACCCCGCUGUUAGAGUCCGGACCGCCCCGGCCCGGCCCGGUGGGGGGCCUGAGCCCCCAUGCAGGCGCGUAAGAAGUACGUCCUGCUGGGCCUGUGCGCCUGCUGCUGGCUGGUUCUGUUCUACUGCGGCGGCGGCGUCCAGCUGCGCCUGCUGCGCCUGCUGACGCGCCACCGCUCGGACGUCCUGCGGCCCUGGCCCAACUGGACCGACCGGGCCUUCCUGCCUCGCUACGCCCACCUGGACGAGCUGCAGACCGACCCGGGCUCGGCCGAGUCGCCACGGCAACGGCGGCAGGCCUGGUCCACCGUCUACAGGGACAGCCGCUGCCGCAUGGACACCUGCUUCGACUUCUCGCGGUGCCGGCGCCGAGGGCGGGAAGGCUUCCGGGUCUACAUCUACCCGGCAGAGAAAGGCGACCGCGUGUCGGAGAGCUACAGGAAGAUCCUGACCUCCAUCGCCGAGUCGCGCUACUACACGCCGGACCCCCGGGAGGCCUGCCUGUUCGUCCUGGGGAUAGACACUCUGGACCGGGACCAGCUGUCGGGGCAGUUCGUCCCCAACAUGGACGAACGCAUCCGCAGUUUCCCGUCCUGGAACGACGGGCGGAACCACCUCAUCUUCAACCUGUACUCUGGCACCUGGCCCAACUACACGGAGGACCUGGGUUUCAACGUGGGCCAGGCCAUCCUGGCCAAGGCCAGCCUGAACACGGAGCACUUCCGGCCCGGCUUCGACGUCUCCAUCCCGCUCUUCUCCAAGGAUCACCCGCAGAAAGGCGGCGAGCGCGGCUGGCUGCUCAGGAACACCACGCCGCCGCGCAGGAAGUACCUGCUCAUGUUCAAGGGGAAGCGCUACCUGACGGGCAUCGGCUCCGACACCCGCAACGCGCUGCAUCACAUCCACAACGGGAAGGACAUCGUUUCCCUGACGACCUGCCGCCACGGGAAGGACUGGGAGAAACACAAGGACGCCCGAUGUGACCAUGACAACCUGGAGUAUGAGAGGUUCGACUACCAGGAGUUGCUCCAUAACUCCACCUUCUGCCUGGUUCCUCGCGGCCGCCGCCUCGGAUCGUUCCGCUUCCUGGAGUCUCUGCAGGCGGCCUGCAUCCCAGUCCUGCUCAGUAACGGCUGGGAGCUUCCGUUCUCUGACGUCAUCCAGUGGAACCAGGCCGUCAUCGAGGGAGACGAGCGGCUGCUGCUGCAGGUGCCGUCCACCGUGCGCGCCGUACCAAACAAGCGAGUCCUGCAUCUCCGCCAGCGGACCCAGAUGUUGUGGGACGCCUACUUUUCCUCUGUGGACAAGAUCGUCCUGACCACCCUGGAGAUCAUCAAAGACCGGGUCUUCUCCCACGUCUCCAGGAACAGAUACAUGUGGAAUUACCUGCCGGGCGGCCUGCUGGUUCUGCCAGAGUUCUCCACUCACCUGGCGCACUUCCCUUUCUACUACCUGGGACUAGGGGUCAGUCCUGGCCACGAGUUCACCGCCGUCAUCCACGCCGUCUCGCCGCUCGUCUCCCAGUCUCAGCCAAUCAUGAAGCUGCUCCAGGUGGUGUCCAGGUCCAAGUACUGCUCACAGAUCAUCAUCCUGUGGAACAGCGAGAAGCCGCCGCCCAGCCGCAGCAAAUGGCCGCCCAUGCCCGUCCCCCUUGUCGUCACGGACGGCAGGAGGAAGGUGAGAGCCGUGAUGUCACUUCCUGUUUGUUCCACAGCUGCGUCUCACCAGCUCUUCUCCUGUCAGACCACCAGCCGCUUCCUGCCUCACGUUGCCAUAGAAACGGAGGCGGUGCUGAGCCUGGACGAGGACACAGUGCUGCUGACCAGCGAGGUGAACUUCGCCUUCCUGGUGUGGCGCAGCUUCCCGGACCGGAUCGUCGGCUAUCCGCCCCGGAGCCACUUCUGGGACCUGCUGAAACACGCCUGGGGCUACACGUCCAAAUGGACCAACGAGUACUCCAUCGUCCUGACCGGCGCCGCCUUCUACCACAGGUACUACAACUUCCUGUUCUCCCACUACCUGCCCCAGUCCCUGCGGACGCUGGUGGACCGGACGUCCAACUGCGAGGACAUCCUGAUGAACUUCCUGGUGUCGGCGGCGACUCACCUGCCGCCUGUUAAAGUGGCUCAGAGGAAGCAGUACAAGGAAGUCCCGCCUCCUCAGGGCACGAAGAGCGCCCCCUGGGCCAACCCGGAGCAUUUCACCCAGAGGCAGGAGUGCGUCAACACGUUCGCCAGCUGGUUCGGCUACAUGCCGCUGGUCCACUCCCAGCUCCGCCUGGACCCCGUCCUCUUCAAGGACCAGGUGUCCGUCCUCCGAAAGAAGUACAAGGACCUGGAGCGGGCGUAGUCGCCGGACCGGACCGGACCGACCUGAUGAGCACAGGUCCAGUCCUCCACACGGACCGGUCCUGGCGGUUUUGGACGGAUAGAGGAGUCCGUGUGGACGGUGAAAACUUUCUCUGAUGGACGGUGACAGAACGCCGGAGGGACCGGUACCGGUUCUGCUCAGCCCACAGCAGAACUUUGCAGGAACCAUCGAUAAUAAUAAACUGAUUAUUUCACAGGGAAAUGUUGUCAAACAAUAAAAUGAUUUCUAUCAGAACCAAUAAAGCGGUUCUAAAUGCA